UCUGAUUCUUGUUUCUCUCACUGCUGGCAUAGUCAGAAUAUCUAUCUCUGUACUUUUCUGUCUGUCUGCCUUUGCUGCAUCGAGAUGGGUGGUGUUCCGGAACUGAAGGCCAUCUCAGGGCCGACCUACCUCGCUGCUCAGGAUCUUAUCCAGCAGGUUGCGUACUCUUUCUCGGACAAGAUAUUCUCAUAUUCUCCAGAGUCAUUCGACCUCGAUUCGGCCGUGAAAUACUGGGUCUCCAAGAAUGAGAAGAACGUGAAUGAAGAAGUUACUGGUGUCCAGUCUCUUCAGACUCGUCAGGGCGCUGGUUCAAUUGCCCUUGGUUAUCUGUUCUCGCGGGACUUUGACUUGAAGAAACGCCAUAUCCCUCAGGGUAUUCUCGCCUCUUCUGCAACUCUAACCUACCUGCGGUCAGCCUUGGAGCAGCUCUCUUUACUCUAUGCUGUCGCCAACCCCGUGGUCGCUCAUGUCGCGGCUGUCGACUACGCCAAUGAACGUUUGGUUUCAGACUAUGCUACAGCGUUGAAUUUGUCUGAGGACUUGGGCCUCGGUCUAAUCGCAAGCUCGUCGGUUCAUGAGUCGCAACACAUGGCUCUCUUCUCCACAUUGGUGGCCAGUUUCAUGCCAACCAUUCAUCUUUAUGACGGAGUCCGAGUUGGCCGUGAUCACACUCGAGUUAUUGAUGUCAUGGAUCAGGCCGGUCUACAGCGCGUUUACCAGGCUGUUCAACAGCAGACUGUUAACGAUAUCAAGGCAAAGCAUUUGGACGACCAGGGCAAAGUGCUGAAUGUGUUGCAUUCCUUGAACGGAGAAUUGGGCACUGACUAUGGUUUGUUUGAGUACCACGGUCAUAGCGAGCCAACCUCCGUCUUGGUAGUAUUCGGCACUGUUGAGGCCUCUUUAACUUCACAGAUUGCCGGCUCUUUGAGCAAGCGUGAUUCUCGCGUUGGUGUUGUCAAUGUGCGUGUCUACAGACCUUUCGUAGAGGAGGAGUUCCUUCGUGUUCUGCCAAAGACUGUCAAGACUGUGGGUGUCCUGGGCCAAGUCCGUGACGAGCAGUCUGUCCAGGAUGAAGGUGUUCAUUCAGCCCUGUACGAUGACGUCCUCGCAGCUUUGACCUUUGCAACCGAUCGCAAUGAAAGGCCUGUUUGUCUUGACAUCAAAUAUGACUGCACACAUCAAUGGACACUCAUCAAUGCAGCUGCUGCAUUCCAACGUGUCUCUGACAAGCCUAUCCUCCAAAAUGCGAACCAAGCAUCACCCUUGCAGCUAUUCGAGCAGACUAGUACUCAGGAGUUCACUCUAUGGGAUUUGGAUGAUGGCCAGUCCCUCGAUGCCGUUGCUUCCUUGACACAGGCUCUUGCCAAAGAUCCCGCUGCCAACGUCACAACUAGCACAGUAUAUGAUAAUUUGGUGCAGGGUGGCGUAGUUCGUACUGACAUUCGGAGAAGUACGAAGAUUGUUGAUGCACCAUAUCCGGUUAUCACGGCGGAUAUCGCUUAUGUUGGCGAUAUCAAGAUCCUUAACGAUGUGGAUGUUCUUGCAUCUGUCAAGGACCACGGUAAGGUCAUCCUGAAGGCGCCUGGUGUUACCAAUGAAGAUCUCGAGAAGAGGUUGCCUGUUACUUUCCAACAGCAAAUCGCCAAGCGUGGUAUCGUUCUUUCGCUCCUUGACUCCCCGGAGUCCUCAUCUGUUCAGGCUGCUGUUCUGCGUGUCGCUCAAAGUUCUUUCGAUGCUCUGAAGAUCCAGAUUCCCGAGUCUCUUGCUCAAGCAGAGAAAGACCUUGAAACCACUCUACGACCUGCUACAGUUCCAGAAUCGUGGCACACAGCAGAAGUUCCUUCUGAUGCUCAGGAGCUUCCCAAGGAUAUUACGUCGACCAGCUUUGUGCCUUUCGACAAGACUGAAGUUGAACCAGCUUCUCUUCUCAAGGACUGGAAGACUGCUGCUCAAGGUCUUGCAUUCAAGGAGGCCUUUGGCACCCAAAACUCAUUGCGCCCAGACGUCAACACAAAGUCGUUCACGGUUCACGUCAAGGAGAACCGUCGCUUGACACCCGUCACUUACAACCGAAACAUUUUCCACAUAGAGUUCGACCUCGGCGAUUCUGGUCUCAAGUACGACAUUGGUGAAGCUCUCGGGGUUCACGCUGAAAAUGAUCCUGAAGAUGUUAUGGAGUUCAUUAAGUUUUACGGCUUGAACCCAGAUGAGGUUGUCGAAGUACCAAACAGAGAAGACGAAAACAUCUUGGAGAACCGCACAGUCUACCAAGCGUUGGUUCAAAACGUCGAUCUGUUCGGUCGUCCCCCCAAACGAUUCUACGAGGCUCUUGCAGAAUUUGCCACAGAGGAUAAAGAGAAGAAGGAGCUUCUCGCACUCGGUGGACCAGAGGGUGCAGUCGAGUUCAAGAGACGUGCAGAGGUUGACACUGCCACCUAUGCUGAUAUCUUGCUAGAGUUCCGUUCCGCCCACCCUAGCUUCCAUGACAUUGUGCGCAUCGUUAGCCCCAUGAAACGCCGUGAGUACUCGAUUGCAUCUUGCCAAAAAGUAACACCUACCACCGUGGCUUUGAUGAUCGUUGUCGUCAACUGGGUCGACCCUCGGGGACGCGACCGCUUCGGACAAGCUACUCGUUACCUCAGUCGUCUCCAGCCCGGCGCUCCAGUUACUGUGAGCGUCAAACCAAGUGUGAUGAAGUUACCCCCACGCUCCACACAGCCAAUCAUCAUGGCUGGUCUGGGUACAGGUCUCGCGCCUUUCCGCGCGUUCGUCCAACAUCGUGCAAUGGAAAAGGCGCAGGGCAAGGAAAUUGGUUCCGUUCUCCUGUACAUGGGAUCCCGUCACCAGCGCGAAGAAUAUUGCUAUGGUGAAGAAUGGGAGGCUUAUCAGGCCGCUGGUGUCAUUACACUCUUAGGACGCGCAUUCUCUCGUGACCAGCCGCAAAAGAUCUAUAUUCAGGAUCGUAUGCGCCAAACUCUUCCUGAGAUCGUGCAAGCCUAUAUUCGUGAAGAAGGUGCUUUCUACCUUUGCGGUCCUACCUGGCCAGUUCCUGAUGUUACUGAGGUCUUGGAAGAGGCCAUUGCCAUCGAAGCAAAGGCAUCGGGCAAGAAGGUGGAAACUCGUAAGGAGAUUGAGAAGUUGAAGGAUGAAGAACGAUAUGUUCUUGAAGUGUACUAG